UGCUUUGCUCAACUCAAUCUCUGUGAAAUUGCUGUUAUUUAUAUGCAAUAAACUUCAAAAUACAGCAGAGAAUUCCGGGAGUGAAAAGAUCCAGGAACAAAAGACAGAAAAGUGCUCAACAGUCGUGGAUAAAAUGAAAGAUUUGAGUCUGAAAGACACAAUUACCCGGAGUACCACAUGGACACAGGAGAUAGUGGAUAUGAUUCAAGAAAAUGGAGAUACCGAGAAAUGUAGACGUGAAACGACUUACAAACGCCACCCUUUCCUUGAGUGGUUUGUUGCAGAGCCUCCAUCUGAACGUUACUCAGGUGUAGAGUUAGCUAAUGCCAUGCCAUCUCCAAGAACAAUAAAAAUUCAUCUGCCUGUGCAGCUGGUGCCUCCCUCCAUCUGGGAACAAAACUGUAAGAUAAUCUAUGUGGCAAGAAAUGCAAAAGACAAUGUGGUGUCAUACUACCACUUCCACAGAAUGAACAAGGCUUUGCCUGAGCCAGGAACCUGGGAGGAGUUCGUGGAGAAAUUCAUGUCUGGACAAGUGCUCUGGGGUUCCUGGUAUGACCAUGUAAAAGGAUGGUGGAAGGCCAAAGAUAAGCACCGUAUUCUCUACCUCUUCUAUGAAGAUAUGAAGGAGAAUCCAAAGCAAGAAAUUCAGAAGAUUGCGAAGUUCCUGGAGAAGGACUUGAGUCAGGAGGUUCUAAACAAGAUAGUCCAUAAUACCUCAUUUGAGGUAAUGAAGGAAAAUCCCAUGGCAAACUACACUAAAGAUUUUCAGGGAAUAAUGGAUCACUCCAUUUCCCCAUUCAUGAGAAAAGGGGUUGUUGCAGACUGGAAGAAUCAUUUCACUGUGGCACAGAAUGAGAAAUUUGAUGAAGAUUAUAAGAGGAAAAUGUCUGAUACCUCUCUUGUUUUUCGCAUGGAAUUAUAAUUAUUUGCAAUGGGAAUUAAUGAUCUUCAGCCUUUUCCAUGUUAUAUAUUUUGCCUUCACAAAAUGCCAGUGUCCCUAGGAUUUCCAUCUCUCUUCACAGCCCACUGAUUAUGCCAAAGUUUAAGUCUCCCUGAAAAAAAUAAUUCCACUGGAUACUUCUUAUUCAUUCCUCCCACAGUAACUUUCAGCAUUAAUAAAAAUAUUUCACACA